AUGACAAUUAUGAGACAAGAAGAUAUAUUUUCGCUAGAUGAAUGGAGUACUUCAGAAUUUAUAUCCGAGAAUGAUUUUGAUAUGAUUGAUAUGUUAUCUGCAGCUUUAGAUCAAGUAACAAAUCAAAUAGAAGACAAACAAAAAGAAUUUAUUACAAAAUCAUCAGAAUGGACAAGCAAGACAAAAGAUAGUAUUAAGCAACAAACUAAGAAAUUAGAGUUACAAAAGGCACGUAUCCUUGAACUACUUGUAAGACAAUAUCAUAAGAUAGAUAAACGUAUCAAUCGUGAUGCGAAAACAGUUCAGUUACGGGACAAGAUAGCAUUCAUGUUCGGUGUCGGUAACGCCUGUGUUGCACCCGCUCUUGCCCUUCGUUAUCCAAGUUUAAUACCCUCUUAUUAUAGUGUACAAUUUAUUAUUUUACUUGUCUUACGUUAUGUUAUUUAUCGAUCUAAGCGAUGGCAUUAUUUUAUAUUUGAUAUAUGUUACUUUGUAAACACGAUGACGAUGCUCUUCUUAUGGAUCUAUCCUCAUUCAACCAUCUUAUUCUUAUCUUCUUAUUGCUUAACAAAUGGUCCCGUUGCUUGGGCGAUUAUCACAUGGAGAAAUUCUCUUGUAUUUCAUUCGUUAGAUAAAGUGACCUCGGUCUUUAUUCACAUUUUCCCCCCAUUAGUCAUGUAUUGUAUCAAAUGGAUGCCAGAGCUUCAACAAGAUAUUUAUUGUGAUAACACAGCUAUCGUGACCUUGUACCGUGACACACGAUUCCCUGCUCUUCAUCAUCUAGAAUCUCCUCCAUUUUCAACUGUCAUGAUCUAUUCUACUGUAGCUUAUGGUGUAUGGCAAACGUUAUAUUAUAUUUUCAUUAUGGUAGGAAGAAGAAGCAAAGUAGAAUCGGGUUUAAGAUUAACUUCUUACUCUUGGUUAUUGGAUGAUACUCAUGGCAAAAGAGGAUUUAUUCAAAAGAUGGCCUUUGCAUUUGGACCUAAAUAUAAACUAGAAAUGUUUAUGCUCUUACAACUCAUUUAUAACAUUCUUACCUCCAUUCCUACUUACUUUUUAUAUCGUCAUUUCUGGUUACAUACCCUAUUUUUAAUCGUCAUGUUUGCUGCCAGUGUUUGGAAUGGUGCUAAUUAUUACAUUGAAGUAUUUUCCCGAAGAUAUAUUUUAGAAAUAGAAAAUAUGGAUAACAAAAAGGAGAAGAAGAACGAAGAAAAGAAAGCGGAAAAGCAGCUAUUAGAUUAA